AUGUGAUUGUCGACGCGCGGUGUUUGAAUGAGUCGUCAACAACUUGUCGCGCUUCUGGAUUCCUUCAUGUACCUUGGCUCCACUCGAAGUUCGACAUUGUGAUUCGCAUACCUAUCUUUACAAGUCCGACGAGAAUCCAUCAGUCCUCGAUGUCCACGACAUCGAACAAUCAGGUCCCCUCCUCCGCCUCCUCCUCUUCGUCCUCCUCAUGGCUUCCAGUCGUAAGGCCGACAAGCCGACAUCGCAGCCUGAUCCUCCGACAGAGGAGCUGAGCAAAGGCAGUCAGCGACAUCCAUGGCGGUUACUAUUUUGGCACGAAAUUCCUUCGUGGCAGAAAGAUAAUGAAUUCAUCCUAUCGGGAUACAGGCCCACGUCCCACUCCAUCUGGAAAUCCAUUCUCAGCUUGUCAUAUUUGAACAAUCAGACCAUCAACGCGUACUCGCAUCUCGUGGGAUCGGCAAUUUUUCUUGCUUUGCCAUGGUACUUUUACGAGAAGAUUUAUAACAACACGACUGUCACGCCGUAUGGGCAGUUGGUCGAUUUGGUGGUAGUUUCGACGUAUUGCCUGGGAGUGGCUGUUUGCUUUGCUUUUUCUGCGACAUUCCAUAUCCUGUGGAACCACAGCUCGGAGUGUUCUCGCUUUUGCAACAAACUGGACUAUCUUGGAAUAUUGGUUUUGAUGUGGGGAGCAGGCAUCCCCACCAUCUACUAUGGAUUCCUAUGCAACCCCACGCUGAGAUGGACAUAUUGGGCAAUGACUACUAGCACUGCUUUGGGCUGCACGUAUCUGACGUUGAGUCCACACUUUGCCUCUCCUGCUUUCCGGCACUGGCGGGCAGGUUUUUACGCGGGCUUUGGCCUCAGCUCGAUCAUCUUCGUGGGUCAUGGACUCCUGCUGUAUGGGUGGGAGGUCCAAAGAUCACGAAUGUCGUUGGUUUACAUGGGCUGGAUGGCGACUGCCAAUCUUGUCGGUGCUGCCAUAUAUGCAGCAAGGAUACCUGAAAGAUGGGUUCCCUACCGAUUUGAUACCUUUGGCGCAAGCCAUCAGAUUUUCCAUGUGGCAGUCAUGCUCGCCGCAUGGAUCCACUUUGAUGGGCUCGCCACCGCGUUUCGACUGAUCCGGGUAGUGCCUGACAGAUGUAGUAGCAGUACCUGACGCCAGCACGAAUAUUGAUUAUGUGACGCGAGCACGAUGGCAAAUGUCAAAGGACGCAUACAGCGGAAAAGGCAUCACUGCUGGAUAGUCAGGCAAACACGCAGGAGUGAGGCAGAAGGCAGCCAGGAUGGUGGAGACGGCGAAGGAAGGGUUUCACAUUGCUUUUGGUGAGAACCAUUGAUUGACUGUCAAUCAAUUACCAGGUCAUCACAUGUCGUCGCGAUAGAAAGUCGGGUAUUAGAAACUACCUAGGUAGUAACCUACUACACGCGUGGGAGGGUAGAAGCAGAAUUGCGAG